CGUCGGGCAGAAAGACUGGGAUUUAGAUACAUGUUUGAAGCGUUUGUUUAGUCAAAGUGAACAGAUCUUCGUGUUUCUGAGUUGUGCUUUUAAUUUAUAAUAUAACAUCUUGUUUGUCUUGAAGAAUAUAAUAUAUGCAUUAUAGGUAUAGCAUAUCCGGAUCAAGAAAUGUAAUUUAAACUUUCGUAGAAACAAUUAGAAGAAAUUAAUUUAGAAACAAUUAGGAAAUACAGCGAAGCAAAAUGUUUAACUGUGUCCUUUAAACUAGAAUUUUCGGAUUUGAUUUUAAGUGGUUAAAGUAUGAUAUAGUGAUUAAUCUUUGUAUUUGCUAUGGCAUCUUAGGAGAAUAUCGAAUGAUCGUAGAGGGAGUGCUGUCAAAAUGCAUAAAUUUUCUAGAUUACGGAAUUUAUUGCUGCAUCAGAUGUCAUCUUUUCCUACUACCAAAAAAAUUGAUCCUCGAUUUAAGAACCCAUGUAGUGAACUUCAGCAAUUUAUAGAAGUCCCUUUAUUUAAAGAUAAUGAGAUUCCAUUUAAUCCAAGCAUUCAAGAUAUGAAAAUGGCUCAGAAGCUUUUCAUUCCCGACAAGGAUCAUGAAAUCAAAUUUUUAGCAUGUAUAUCUGAGACUGAAAAAUUUCCUGAACAUAAUUUACCAGAGGUGACUUUUAUUGGCCGUAGUAAUGUUGGGAAAUCCUCUUUAUUACGAGCUUUAUUUGUAAAAGUGCCUGGCUUGGUUGUAAGAACUACUAAAAAACUGGGGCAAGAACAAACUGUGAAUUUUUUCCAAGUUGGAAAUUGUCUUUGCCUUGUUGAUAUGCCUGGAUAUGGAUUUAGGCAUCCAGAGAGCUUUCUUAAAGCAGUGGAAAAUUAUCUAAAAACUAGGAAAAAUUUAAAAAGGACAUUUUUGCUAGUUGAUGGUAAAGUUGGUUUCCAGAAAUGGGAUGAAGUGGCAUUAGAUAUACUGGAAGACUUUAAAAUUCCAUAUGGACUUAUUAUGACUAAAAUUGACAAAGCUAUACCAUCUCAAAGAUUAAGGAACAUGUUAUUCCUUCAACAAAUAAGAAACAAAUAUACAUCAGUUCAUUGUUUUCCACAACCUUUUAUGAUCAGCUCUAUAACUGGCGAAGGUGUAGCAUAUCUGCAAGCCUAUAUUGCUCAUAUAACAGGCAAUUUAUCUCUUCAAACUGAAUAGCAAAAUGUUAUUGAGGAUGAUUCCUUUUUAUGUUUUGUGCAUGGAUAAACUAAACUGGGAGUACUAAAUUUUUUCCCUCAAACUUUUGAAUGCAACAUAAACUAUAUAAGUGUAUAAUAAUACAUUUUGUUGCUAAAAUACAUAUAACUGUAUUACAUUUUGUUGCUAAAACAUAAAAUGCACUUUGCUUGAAUUUGUUUCUCUUAAUAUUCCUGAAAUACAGAAUGUGACUUUACUCAGCAGCAUGAUUGUAUAAGUAGUAAAGAAAAAUUUUAAUAUGUAUAUGCAGUAGCUUGAAAACUGUUGGAAGCUUCUUAUUUCUGGUCUUUGAAAUAAGUUAAGCUAUUUAGUUAUCUUUAGUGCGAUGAACUACCUGUAUGCACUGAAUAUCUGUAAUUUUAGAACGUAACAAAAAAUGUUCUGUUUGAUGUUCGUGAUUCAGUUUUUUUGGGGGGGUGGGGGGGGUAAUAUUUCAGUGGGGCUUUAAACCAUAGAAACAACCAUUUUGAAUCUCCUUUAUUCUUUCUAGAUUGUAUUGAAUAUUUUUGGCACUUGAUUACUUUUAUUCUUUUUCUGUGUAACUGUAUGAUAUAAAUUAUUUAGUAAGAAAAUUUUGUACCACAAUCUUUUAAAACCUUUAAGGCUUAGAUUAGAUGUUUUCAAAUCUGGAAACAGUUUUGAUUUAUCACCUGAAACAUACUGUAAUAAAAGUCAUUCUUAAUCAUUCAUUGUAAAUGGAGUAAUGUGGUAAUGCCAUGUUUCUUAUGUAUUGUAAAAUAUAUUUGAUAAUCUACAUUCAUUAUGCAUAAAAUAUAUUUAUUUACUCUGUAAUUUGUCAUAUUUUAUAAAUAUCUUUUAAUAGUUUAAAACAAUAUCUGCAUAUUUGUCUUCCAUGUCUAUACAUUAAAGCUCAUCUCUAUAUUAUAAUAUGUAUUUCCUGUGAACUGUGAUAUGAAUAUAUUUUGUGAAAAUAUUUAUUAAUGUAUAGUUAUUUAAAAUGCAAUUUUAUAUUGAUAAAUAUACGUAGAUAAAUUAUUUAUAGAGAUUAACAUGUUAUAUCAAUUUAUCUUUGCAGAAAUUUUAAUUCUUGUGUCAUAAGCAUUGCUAAAGAACACUAUCCAUUAUCACCAUGAUGUACAACUUGCAUAUUAAAAAUGUAUUCUCAUUCCAUAUAAAAUACUUAUCCUGCUAAUAUGAGUUUCAAAUAGUACUUUAAGGCUAGUUGUGUUAAAAACUAAAAAAAAAAAAAAAAAAAAAAUUUUUAGAAAACCAUAUAGUUAAUUGAACAAAACUUCAGGAUGUAUGUGUGGAAAGGGGCAGAAAACAAAGCUACACCUAUAUACGUUGAAAUCUCUCUAAUUCACUAUCUACAGUUCCAGAUGAUUUAAGGUUUCUUAGGAGCUGAUGUUUAAUACCGCUAUUUCAUUGCAUUCUCAGAAAUACUGAUCGAUGUUAAAGGUAGUCAUUAUAAAAGCUUUACUGUUGUAACUUAAAGAAAAAAUACUGAGAAUCAUUGAAUAUACCAUUUGAAAUAUACAUUUAAAACACUUGUGGGAUUUGAAUUAAUAUAAUGCAUUGUGGAUAGUGGAAUUUUUUAAUUUUUAAUUAUUUUUAAUAGCCAUGUUCUUAAAUAAAUAUGCUUAUUUAUAUGGUUAUCAGAUUAAACUUUUAAAAGUAUUCCAUAAAAUCUGUAAUAAAGUGUAGUGUCAACAUAUAAAACAUAUAUGCAUUCAUUAAAGGUACUAGUUCUUAGCAAUACUAACAUGCACACUGGAGAUUUCAAGCAUAUAAAAUAAUUUGUCGACUUGUGAACAUGGAAAAAAAUGUAAGAAAUAAAAAUAUUUGAAUUAAAUGUGGAUUAGUUCUAAUAAGUAUAUAAUGUUAGCAUAUAAUUUGCAUAGUGGUAAAAACAUUCAAUAUCAGCAUUGGACUAAAAAAUGUUCUAAUAGUAGAUUUUUUUUAAAACAAUCUGGUUUAGAUUAGUUUAAAUUCUGUAUGAGAAAUUCUUUUCAUGUAUGAAAAUAUUAUAUGCAAUAUACAUUUUUUAAUGCAUCCGAAUGAAUAGUUCUGACAAGAAAAAUCCCACAAAAUAAUCCACAGGAAAAGUCCUCCAAUCAUGUUUACCUGCACAGAUAUAUCCUGAAUGCACAAGAAAAUUUUCGAAUUAAUUUUAAUUUCUAUAAAGCCAAGUCUUACUUCAAAAUUUCAUCACUUUUUGUGUGCCUUAAAAUAGAAAUAAAAUCUUUAAAUUAUGCAUUUUGUUUUUAUUAAUAUAAACUAUAUGUAUAUGUAACUUUUUAUUAUAUUUAAAUGCUGAAUAAGUUUGUUAAAGAACAAGUAAAAGAAAUGAGUUUUGUCUCCAUUUUCCGCAAGGCCUAUAAAAUUUUUAAGGAAUAAAAUUGCAUAUAAAUAUGUAUCAUAUCUGGAGAAUCAUUAUUACUACAUUAUAAAAAAAUUCAGAAAAUUGAAUGUAUACUAAAUUUAAUGCUCCAAAAUUAAAACUCAAACCUUUUUUCAGUGAAAGUGAUAGUGUCCUAGUUUAAUGAUGAUAAUAUUUGUUUGCACAGUUAGAAAUAUUCUUGUAACAAUGAAUUUAAAAGUAAGGUUUAAAAUAAUUUAGCUAAUUGGUAUGCUUUUACAUAAUUUAACAUCAUUCCCACUUCAUAUUUUAUUGAUAAAAUAAUUAUGUGUAAAGUUUUCAGUAGUACUAACAUUAUUUUGCAGGGUUUUUUUCUUUGUGGGGAUUUGAUCAUGGGGCCUUUUCUCGUGUAAUCCUUUAAGUAUGUACCAACUAUGCAUUGUUCACACUGCUACAGUGUAUGUCUGUGUUGUGCAGGGAUUUGAUUAUGUAGGCUUUUCUCAUGUAGUCCUGUAAGUAUCUACUGACUAUGCAUUGUUCACUGUGCUACAGCCAAUGUCUGUUUUAUGUUUUCUUUCAUUUCCACUGAGUGGAAGAAGCAAUUAAAGUAAGGAGAGUUUUGUUUAAUUGCUUUAAGUCCAUUCAAAACUAUGAAAAAAAUGGAGGUUAUUUUGUACGCCUUGACCAUUAUUAGCCUUUAAAUCAAUCGUUUGAAAGUAAUCAAUACCUAUUCUCAAGGGAGAGGUUCAGUUAGAAGAAUUGCUGGGAGUAAGUAAGAGCUAAAUUUAUCCUUAGGAGGAUUUUGGAAAUUUGAAUAAAAAACAGUCAAAUCCGAAAUUUCACUUGUAAUCCAUUUUCUAUUUUCAUUUAAUAUAGUUUGGGAAUUAUUGUAUCUUAGGAUUUUCUUGUAUAUCAAAUAUUGUAUAAAUUGUCAACAACUAAGAAAAGAAAGAAUAAAAAUAUUGUUGUAAAUAAUGUGGAAAUUUUGGCUAGCCAUUUAAAAGGGAAAGCACUAGACUUCUAGGCCUGCAAAAUAGGCUUGAUUGGAUUGUAUCUUGUUUUGAUUGUUAUAUAAAUUGAAACAUAAUACAGAAUUAAUCUUUAAUGAACCUAAUUAUAUUAAUGCAAAAUUGUUGUUCAAAAAUAAGAUUAUUAGAUUAUUUUGAAGAAAUGAAAUAAUAAUAUAGGAAGAAGAAAAAAAGUGUUUUUAAAAUUUAUGUAAUUUUUUAGAAGGAAGACCUAUGAUUUCUUGCCAUAAGUAUCUAAUCCAAUUUAAAAUAGUAAUAAUAAUUAAAUAAAGGCAGUAUUUUUUAGUUAUCAUGCGGAAGCUCUUGCUGUACAUUGUUGUUCAAAAAUUCUGUUAUACAUGCAAAAAUAAUUGAUCCAAUUUUUUUAUUAAUAACAUAUAACAUAUGUCUGUCACAUUUCUUGAUAUUAAAGAAAGUAAUUCUGACUACAUACCCAAAUGAAAAGAAAAAUAAAAAUUAAUGAAAAGUAUUUCUGAGUAAAACGGGAAAUUUGCGGAUUUUGUGAAAUUUGGGUUCCAGCUUAGUGAGACAGGUACAAAACAUCAUUAAAAUAUACAUAAAAUAAUUAUGUGACUUUCAAAACUGAUAUUUUCUUAUUCAGCAUUUAAAAAAGUCAGAUUUCUGAGUUGAUAUCAGUGGUUAGUAAAUUAAAAAUGAGAAUUUACUACAGCAGUUUUUCUCACAUUCUGUUUAACAGUUGCACCUAAUAAAAAUAAUAAACAUAUGUAUGCAUAUA